AUGGCGGAGCUUGCCCCAGAAAAUCGAGAACCCAAUACUCUUCAAGGAACAGAAGCUCUUGAGGAAGACACUGAUUUGACUCCUGAAGAUUUGUUAGCCAGUUUAUCAGAAAACUCGACUGAAAAUCAAUUUCCAGAUGUUCCACCUGAUGACAUGGAAGAUGAAGAGAUUUUAAUGGAUGAAUCAUUAUCACCUCUUGAAAAAAUUUUUCUGUAUGUAAAAAGUGAGUUGGUAUUCCACAGAGUGUUCAUUGCAAGAGAACUUCCAACAUUAAUAAGAGAUGUUGAAAUCAGUGAGGCUGUAGAAUAUGUAUUACCAUUGAUGAAUUCUCUAGGAACCGAUCCAGAGGACCACGUUAAAGAAACUUUUGCUACUGAAUUGGACGAUAUCAUAUGGUUUUAUUAUUCACACUGUCCACUCAGGGAAGCCACAGACUGUUCACAAACUGACAUAGCGAUUAAUUCAAGACCGUUGACUCCUCAAAGACCACAAACUCCCCAACAACGACCGCAAACACCAAUACAACAAUAUCACUCUCAACAGACAUUGUCUCAGCCACCAACUCCAACCAACAAUAUUCCAUACUUGUCACCUUCCGCUUUUACUCCUUUACUCCAUGCUCUUCUUCUUGAUCAAAACACGGCAAUAGCACAAGCAGCUCAAAAUGUAAUUCUAUCGCUUGUUGAUCGGAUAUUAGAGGAACCUAGUGUCAAUCCCAAAGAAAAAGAAUUAUUGGAAAAAGAAACAUUAGAAGGUGUCGUUCUAGGCAUUGGUAGAUUAGAUCAAGACAAAGCAAGAAAGGAAGAAACAAAUGAAUGGGAACCUUAUGGCGACGAACAUGGUGCUGGUGCUAUGUCUGGGGGAGAGGAAGAGGCGGAAUUGGGAAGAAUGACAAUGAUGUCUGAAGCAGCCACGGCAUUGGGAAGAUUGUCAGGAGUUUUGCCAUUGGAGACCAUUGAAUCAAAAUUGCUUCCCGAUGAAAUGAAAUCUGAGCGUGCAGUAAAUGGAAUUAAAAUUUUUGCAGAAGAUGUAAGCAGAAGUGUAAGAUCAGCUGCAGGGGAGAUUAUUGCUGUUGUUUUAACUUUGGGUGAAAGUCGUUGGGAUGAUUUUAAAGAAACCUAUUUCUCGUUAACACGGGACAUGCAGGUUAAGGUUAGAAGGACAUUAUCUUAUUCACUUCAUGAAAUUGCAAAAGUGAUUGGACCUAAAAAAACGGAAGAGGAUUUAUUACCAGUCUUUACUUACUAUCUUGUUGAUAUGGAUGAAGUUAAGUCUGGCGUUAUGGAAAAUUACGUUUCUUUUAUUAGCUGCUUACCACAAACAGCUAGGGAUGAGUGCUUACCUUCUUUAUCUGGCAUAUGGGAUAAUUUAAAGCCGCAAUGGCGUUUAAGAAAUACAAUUGCAAAGCAAAUUCCCGCAUUAUGUCAGUUAUUUGAUGGCAGCAGUAUAAUAAAUUAUUUAUUACCACUGGCCAUAAAGGCGGUUAAAGAUGAAGUUGCCACUGUAAGGGAAACCACAGUUGCUUGUUUUCCAGCUUUAUUUGAAGCUGUUCAUAAUGAUGAUACAUUAUUUAAAGAAGCGAUAAAACGUGUAUUUUUAUCAGGAUUUCCCAAGUUAGAUUUUGAAAGAUAUUUUCUUCCAAUUCUAGAAAAUUUUUCAGCGGAUAGUGUUGUUAAUGUUAGAAUUACGCUAGUAAGAGUAAUUAAAGAGUUAUGCCAAACUGAGCAAUAUUAUCAGGAUCCAAUAAGUAGGCCACCACAAAUCCUUGGUAUGAUUAAUCGACUAGCGGAAGAUCCUGAUUUUGAAGUUCACGUAACUAUAGAAGGUUUAUCAGAAUCGGUCACAAAUGAGGCCAUGAACGAAGAGAAUAAUCUAGAUUCACAAGGAAUUGUUAAUUUUACAUCAAUGAUUCCAGAAGAAGAUUUAAAUGUUGUGGAUAUAGAAAAUAAUGGGUCUGCAUCGGUUAGCACAAUUAUUGAAGAAGUUCCAAUUUCAUAUAUAAAAAAUAAUAAUGUGAUUGAUAUGGAUAAUAAUAAUAUAACUUCUACUGGAUCAACAUCUCCAACUUAA